CUCUCCAGUGCGGUCUGUGAUUUGCCUUCUUGACACGCCUUUUUGUUGCCCACAGUGGCUAGUCAGCUAUAGCUAGCAUCACCGCUGUAAAAUAAAGCGGCGGCAGACACAACAGCCUGUAAUAAGGUGGGUUUUAUCUACAUUUUAUUUGCUGUAAACUCAGAAGUUGAUAUUUCGACGAAGGACCGUAAAAUGUGUAUUAUUAGCAUCUCGGUCAUUAGCUGCCAGCUAACAAGCUAACGUCAGAUAAACAGUAAACUAAUGCGAUGUGCGCUGUGAUCUAGAGUGAAAGUAGCCUAAAUCCGUAUCAUACCAUCUGCUCCUGUCUGCUGUCAGUCCUUCACGUCCUUUUAAAUGCACRUUUUGUUUAUUAAACCCAGCAGUAGUGCGUUUUUCUUGUCCUGCAGCUUAGUUGUGUUUGUGCACAGCGCUGGUGUCUCCUGCAGGAGGAGGAUGAGCGGGGAUGAUCUGAACCCAGCUGCAGUGGCUCAGCCUGUGGAGGAUGUACACGGAGAUGGACGGUGGCUGGCACAGCACACGAGAUUUGUCCAGGAGUGCAAAGACGGGGAACCAGAAGUUCUUUUUGUCGGGGAUUCUAUGGUCCAACUAAUGCAGCAGUAUGAGGUCUGGAGGGAGUGUUUCUCUCCUCUUCAUGCUCUCAACUUUGGUAUCGGUGGAGACAACACCUGCAAUGUGCUGUGGAGGCUGCAAAAUGGAGAGCUGGAAAACAUCCGGCCUAAGGUUGUGGUGUUAUGGGUAGGAACCAACAACUAUGAGCACACAGCAGAGCAAGUUGCUGGAGGAAUUCUUGCCAUCGCACAGCUGCUCACCUCUCACCUCCCCAAGGCAAAAAUAGUUGUGCUGGGUUUGUUGCCUCGAGGCGAGCGGCCCAACCCGCUGAGGGAGAAGAACGCCGCCGUGAACAAGCUCCUGCGCUCCUGGCUGCCGCGGCUGGGCCCGGCUCAGCUCCUGGACGCGAGCGAGGCGUUCGUCCACUCGGACGGAACCAUCAGCUCACAAGACAUGUUCGACUACCUCCACCUGACGGCGACGGGCUACCGCGCCGUCGCCAAGCCCCUCAGCGACCUGCUGCUUCAGAUCUUGGAGGAAACGCCGGAGGAGAGGAGGGCGUCGCUGGUUUGAGGCUUUAUUUCCUCCUCGGGGCUCCUCGAUCUCGGCACCAGGAGGAGGAGAAUGACAUGGUUUUAGUGGGGACGUGAGUGGAACGAUGUGGGGAAAUGUUAACACUGUGACUGCAGCAGUGAGACCUAUUGCAACAAAACCAUUCUCUAACGUCAGACUACUACAGUGUACUGCAGUACACAUACAUCCAUGAAUAUUUUACACACAUUAACAAAACGAUUCAGUCUUUUUAGUAACCACAUAAAGAGAGUCACAGAUUUGAUCAAACAUAUGUGAUUGACAAAACUUCAAAAACUGUGGCGCCUAAAUUCAGAUUUCACAUCUCAAAACGAUCAUUUACGAAGAACAUAAUUUUACAGACUUAACAUUUAGAUUUUUUUUUUCCUGUAACAAGAAGCUUAAAUAAUCCAUUAUGAAACCACUUUAAUAGUUGGAAUCUAAUGAUGCUGAGAGAUUCUGUUGCUUUGCCCUGAACAGAAUCUGAAAACAUAAAAUGAUUGAGCUUAAACCUCAGUUCACCAAACAUUAUUCUUCGUUAAUCUGUGAACUAGCUUGUUGCAUCCUGUCACGACUCACAACUGUAGUCAGGCUUAACUUAACUGCCUCGAUAUUAAUCAGACGCGCUGAGCCCAGAAAUGAUGUCUUUCGUUCAUAUUUCAUACAGUUGAUAAUCUAUUCGUCUUCCAAACACCUUCAAUAAGCAGAAAGCUUUGAUUUCAUCCAGAAAGUGUAAAUAAAUUGUAAUAAAUUGUAUUCUAAGAAUUAAAAGUUGGGUGAUUUUUCUGUAAAUGCCUAAAAAGAAAAUGUUUUAAAGUGUAUAAAUGAAGCGAGUCCUGCUUGUUGCCUCGGUGGAUUCAGAGCUUGUGAGUUUAGUUUGGGUGUCUGACAUGCUGUAUAUGUUUCGGAUUCCUGCGUAGAUCUAUGUGAACGUUCUCAGUCAGGCUCAAACUAAUGUGUUAAAAGCAGAUUUUUUUUUUUGUUUUUAUUUGCUUCGUGUAAUUUAUCCACUUGCCAUCCUGCAAUCCUCACUGCUCCACAUGCUGUAAUUCAAUAUUUUUAGGUGAGAAAAAGCCGAUCCACGUGAAGAAGUUGUACCUAACAAUGUGUGAACUGCUAUAAAACAGCUGCAGGUGUUUAAUAAAAAAUAGUCCAGUCUGUGAGCUUCGGCUGCAGCUGUUAGCUCACGGUUCAGUUUCUGAGCAUCUCCUGUCCUACGCAGUGCGUUAAAUGUAAAUAUUGUGUCUGUGUGCCUUACGUGUUCACCAGGAUGGUUGUGUACAAUGUGUGUGUUGCUGGAUUGUGUGAGUUAGACGAGUGAGCGUGAACGAUCCGGGGUUUUAAAUCAGGACUUGAGAGGUUUUGAAAGGUCAGACUCUGAGUGUUUGAUGUGAUAAAACAUUUGCACUGUUUUGGCUUGUUGUCAUGUUGCUGAGAUGAAACAUUCCAAUAAAAAAUAAACUGGUU